AUGACUGCGAGCUAUUCUUACGCGCCGCUAGGAGGGCUGCCAACCCGCUCCUUACGCGAUUCGCGCCUGUUCGACCUCGACGCACCUCCCCCACCUCUCUCUCGAUUUCGUAUCCUCACGCGACCCAAAGCGUUGUUGGCGACGAUAUCGGUCGCUCUCCUCAUCGUCUACUUCGUCUACAAUCCGCCCGUGCGACGAUCUGAGCGGGACAAUCGCCUCAUCGAAGCUGGCUUCGACCCAGACGCUCGUUUCGAGGCGCUGUAUAAGGCAGGACAGGCCGGUUGGAGGCCGUACGACGGAGCGGAAGACUGUGAGGAGGAGGAGGUCAACGAGCAGAUAUGGGUGGACAAGCUCACCGCGACUUGUCUGGAGGAUCUCGGGGCGAAAGGCGUUCUUUGCGAGGAAGCGGCGGGCUUGUUCAGGCAGCCCGCCGUCGACCUCGUGUGGACGUGGACGAACGGCAGCGAUCCGUUGCUGUACCGUUGGCGAGCAGACGUGACCGCGACCCUGUCGGACAGGGUCAGACCCGCCAUUGCCGCCGUUCGCGAGCGCAAGACGGCCAAUCACUUUCGACAGCAUGACGAGCUGCGCUAUUCGGUUCGCUCGGCUGUUCACGCAUUUUCUCCGUCGUCACUUCGCCAGCUCCGCAUCCUCACGACCGACUUGCCGGCAAAUGUCAUGCUCGGCGACCUCAUCGAUCCUUUGUUCUCGACCGCCAACGCUAGCGGCCAGCUCGUCACCUCCGCGCGCAUCGGCCAAGUCCCGACCUGGCUAGACCGGAACUCCUCCGCUGAAAAUCCGCCGCUCAUCGUCUCGCAUCAUACCUCCUUCUUCGAAGACGGCGUCGCGUUGCCAACGUUCAACUCGCUCAGCAUCGAAGCGCAAAUGAGCAAUCUUGCGGAUCUCAGCGAGUUCUGGCUGUACUUGAACGACGACGCUUUCCUCUUCUCCGACUCGCACUUGACCGCUGGCGACGUCGGCGCACCUCUCGUCGGUCCAGUCUUCCGUAUUCAAGCGGACAUGCUUGUCAACGCGCUUCCUCCGUCUGCAUCCAUCAAGGAUGAUGAAGGCGAAUGGGCGAGUUUGCAGCGCGCAAACUGGCUGCUCGACCAGCGAUUCGGCAGACGGCGCCGAGGAUACCUCGCUCACAUUCCCAAGGCGUUGUCGGCACCGCUCUUGCGAGAAGUCGGUCGCGUCUUCCAUGAUGAGCUUCGAGAGACCGCUUCGUCUCGCUUUCGAGGCAAGGCUACCGAGUAUCAAGUCGCCUUUCUCGCCACGCACUACAUUAUCGAAGCACAUCGAGAAGCUCUUUUGCACGCCUUCUUCAUUGGCAAGGGCGACUCGAAUGCCGACGGCUCGCUCUCAGUUGACGCACGACGGCGCAUGCUUUUCGACCUCGGCUUCCGAAUUGUUGAAACCGACGUCUCGCCCCCGCUCGUCGAGGUCCCGCUUCCUCGCCGCUCGACAACCGCCGACCUGCCAGGCCAGCUCGCGCAGGCAGGCAUCCCACUGCCAGGCGGAACUUCGUAUGCCUUUUCGUCGCACGACGGGUUUGGCAUGUUCCGCGUCGAGAACGCCGCGUACAACGAGAAGUUCGACCCCUCGAAACCCCUUCGCCCCGCCUUGCCACUCGACACGCAAGUACCCCGCCAUCCCGCAUGCGCUAUCACCUUGAAAGCUUGCUUCGGCGAGGACUUCUUGGCGGCGACCAGGUCGGUCAAGGCGGAGGACGUGAUGCGUCGCGUCGCUUACGAGCAGCCGCAGUGCGGCGAUUGCGCUAUUCUCCAGCUCGUUGGUGGAAGCGGAGCAGCUGGCCUGUCCGCUUUCCUGCCCACAUGUGACGCGCCUCACACUUCCGCGCCUUCGCCACCGCCGACCUACAGUACAGCGAAGCGUUUCGACAAGGUCUCGCUCUCCCUCCCUUCCUCCUGCCCGUCUCGCCGGCUUGCCUCCAUCUCUCGCAUCCUCCGAUACACUUACACGCUCGGCGACUCGUCCUCGCGCUUCAUCAGCAUGCGACAAGCGCGGUUGACGGAGCAGGUUCUUCGGAAGAUGGAUGAGGCGGCAGCAGCGGGCGAGGAGGGUUUGCCGACCUUCCUCACUCUCAACGACGACUUCGUCCUCGCCGAGGCGUCGCAAGCCGCGAACAAGAUCCUUCACAACUGGUUCGAGCAGCAUUGGCCGAGUCCCUCUCCGUACGAGACUCGGACGCACGCAUAG